AUGUUUCUACUGAAUUUAGAUUAAUUCUCUUCUGAGUUUUUCUUUACUCUUAGUAAUUAAAAAUAUAUGAAAAAUACCUUAUAAGGAGCGAUACUUACGUUAUUUGUUGUUUUCAUCUCUCUUUAUUACUUUAUUUACUUACUUAAUUUGUAUGUAAAUAAUUAAAUUAGCCCAAAAUUUAGAUCUUAAACCUUCAUAAUCAAUGAAAAAUAACAAAUUGAGUUUUCUAGUGAUCUUGUUGGAUUUGUAUUUUAGUAUAACUAAACUAUAACUAUCGAUGAGUUACAAGCAAAAUAAAAUUUAACAUACCUAGUAUAUAUUCCAUAAUUUUACUAUAGCGAUGGUCUUAAUAAUAUUACUUAUGAUUUAAAUCUUGAUGUAAUACCAUGCACUGAUCCUUCACUCAAAGGAUUAAAUUGCAUAGAUUUCUCAAAAAUAAACAACUUCACUUUAGAAUUAGAUAUUAGUAAUCAAAUUUACUCAUCUUUAUAAAUUAAUGUUUACGGGUGUUUAGAUGUGGAUACUGUAAAAACUACCAUUCCUUCUAACUGCGCUUCAUAAGCUGAAAUAGAUAAAGUUAUUAAUGGUAUAUAUUCUUAAUUUUAUCUAAAGAUGAAGACACAAUAAUAUAACACAACUUCAGAAUAAAUUUAAACUAAUUAUAGAAAUAUCUAUAGUUAUGUAUUUUCAUCUUAGUUUAUUGUUAAUACUUUGAAGACAUAGAGAUAGGAGACUUAAGUAAGCUAAGGGUUGAUUUUUUAAUAAAAAUAAAUCUAUUCUUCUCCUUAUUAAUAUAAUUAACUAAUUUAAAGCUUUGAUAGAAAAUAAUCUUUGCAAAUGGGGCUAGGACCGUAUAUCUAAGAAAAUAUCAUGAUGGAUGAACUAUUGCAAUAAUUUUAAAUUUAAUAUGCUUCAAUUGCAGAUAUUCUAGCUUUAACAAAUAGCAUCACUUUUAUUAUAAUUUUUUCAAGAAUGAUUGGAAGAUUCUGCUCAAAAAGAUUAAUUUAAGAAGACAUUUUUAUGCUUAUUUUCAGAAAUUUAUUUUUGAAUAAAACCUUUUAAAUUUUAAGGCAUAACAAAUUUAUUGAGGAAAAAAAUGAUUUAUCAUUUUAAUUUUUGAAUGAAAAAUAAGAAUUAAUUGAUGAUUUUACAGAAUAAGCAUCUCCAAUAAAUAAAAAUAUUCCAGCUUUUGAAACUAAGUUUAGAGAUUAUGUGGAGAAACAAUAGGUUUUAACGAUUAAUUCAGAAAAAGAAAAUUUAACCUUUUUGGAAGAAGAAGAAAUUAAAAAAUAAUAAAGCGAAGAAGCAUCAAAUACUCAAAUAAUAAAACUAAAUAGGCGAAAAAACAUUUAGAGUGGUUUAGAUUUUAAUGACAAAUUAUUUUUUUAAAGCCAAGACUUUUCUCCAACAAAAUAAACAAGCAUAUGCAUUUUUAAUAAUAAAUAUUCAUUUUAAUCUUAGUCAAAAUUUAAUAAUUCAAAUCAAAAUUCUCUUAAAUUAUCGACUGAAAAUGAAAAAAAAUAAACAGAAAAUAUUUUUUUAAAUAAAAAAAUCAUGGAAGAUAUAAUUUCUUCAAAGUUGAAAGUAGUACAUAGUAAUAAAUUAAGGCAUGCUAUUUACAAUUUAAUAUUUAAAUUCAAAUUCUUUAAGUCUAAAGCUUUCCUUUUGCAUAAAGGCAUUGAUCAUAAGUAACUAAUAUAAAUAGACUAAGAAGCUAAAAGGAGCUAAAAUAUCUAUUAACUUUAUGAAGAUGUAAUCUUCUUGAAAAAAGCUGUUUCAAUGCUUCUAAGCUAAGAAUAAUUAGCUGCAAUCAAACUUAUAAGCCUCACUGAUAAUUAUUUUAAUCUAGAUUUAAAAAGAGAAAAUUUAAUAGAAUAAUAUAAAAGUAUGGAAAAUAAGUUAAAUUAUUUCGAAAAACAAUUUAUAAUGUUUCAGUCUGAACAACUAUAAUCAGAAUACAUUCAAUAAUUUUUUAUGAACUAUUAAAAUCUCAGAAUAAAAAAUGAAGUUGAUAAAAGAAUAAUUUCAAGUAUUACAAAUAUUAAAUGA